UUUUUUUCAUCUCAAAUUAAUUAUGCAACUAUGACGAUUUAAUCUGCUUCCACACAAUUUAUUAGAAUGACAUUAUAUUGUAGAUAAUAAAAAACAAGAGUAUAGCAAUGAUUCUGCUUUUGUUUUUCACAUUUAGUUCCUGCAAAGAAUUGUGAACGUGCUGCGUAUAAGUCCAAGUUGUUCAGAAAUCCAAGCAACCGCAACAUAUCUUCCUGAUCCUGGUUGGGAAUCCAAAAAUGUGGCUUUUUUCAUUUGCUUUGUUUAUUGGUCACAACUGGAGCAUCUGCUUGCAUGUAUUCUCUACAAACACUAUGGUCUAAUUAAUUUCUUUCACUUUCUAGAAGUCUAGAGUGUUUUUGCCUGAAGUAUAGUAUAUUGAUACUUAUGAUACUUACUUUAUGAGACAAUGUCUCAUGAAACAGAAAAUAUGUUCUUGGGAAAUCAAACCAGCCUGAAUGUGACAGAUAUUAGCAUUUUUAUAAUACCAAUAUCAAUGACAGUGUCAGCAUUAGGUAUAAUUGGCAAUAGUCUUGUUAUUUGGUACCUUUCUUUUAAGAUCAAAAGAAAUUCUUCCACAGUCUAUAUUCUUAACCUUGCUGUGGCUGAUCUCUGCUUUCUUCUAGUAUUUACUACUUUAAACAUAAUUAGCUUUACCUUAAAAAUUAAAAUUCCUAUACUUGACAAAUAUGAAUAUUUAGAAUUAUUUAGUACACUAUAUCCACUAGUACUAACUUGUCUUUUUGGGUACAACACCAGCCUUUGUCUUCUUACAGCCAUCAGUGUGGAAAGAUCUCUGUCUGUCCUUUUUCCAAUCUGGUAUCAUUGCAACCGACCCAGGCAUCUGUCUUCAGUUGUGUGUAUCUCUAUAUGGACAAUCUCCUGUCUUCUUACAGUACUUGAAUUUUGCUAUUGUUACCAGCCUGAACAUACCAGUAUUUUUACCAAAGUCAAUGCUACAGUUAAAGAAUGUAACAUUGUCUUUACUAUUAUCUGCUGUCUUAGUUUUAUUGCUUUCAUACCACUCAUGACUGUCUCAAGUCUGGUUCUUCUAAUUAAAGUAUGUACUAGUUCCCAGAAGAAGCAGCCACCAAAACUUUACAUUGUGAUCACAGUGACUGUUGUAUUCUUUCUUGUAUUUGGCAUGCCAAUGAGGAUUGUUUUACUGGCAUGGUAUAAACACCACAUUUUCCCACCACUUCCAAUACUUAAUAUCUUGUUCUUGUUUAGUUCUAUGAACUGCAGUGUAAACCCAUUUGUUUAUUUUCUUGUUGGACGUCAGAGUAGAGGCAGUGGAAGGCUCAAGCUUGUAAUAAUAUUCCAAAGAGUUUUUCGAGAUGAUGGAAUUCAGCAUUUGAGACAACAAAAAAAGUAAACAUCUGACAAUGAUAUGACUUUCUUCACUUUUCCCUAUACGUUUUACUUAAUCCUACUCUCACAGAGGUAG